AGACAUCAGUGAAAUUGAGCUCCCACCCACGUGCAGGAUGACCUUUCCAAACAAGAACGACCUGCAGCAAUUCACAAUCGAAGUGCUUCCGGACGAAGGGAUGUAUACUAGAGGAAGCUUCAAGUUUCAAUUUAUAAUCCCAGACAGUUAUCCCUUCGAACCACCAAAGGUGAAAUGCUUAGCAAAAAUAUACCACCCGAAUAUUGAUCUACAAGGGAACAUCUGUUUGAACAUUCUCAGAGAGGAUUGGAAACCGGUUCUGAACGUAAACGCGGUGCUACACGGGCUACUCUUCCUCUUCUAUGAACCGAAUCCCAAUGAUCCUUUAAAUCAAGAUGCUGCAAAGGUUUUGCGAACGAAUCCACAACGUUUCACCAGCAAUGUGUCACGGACAAUGCGUGGUGGCGAAGUUGACGGGCAUUACUAUGACAACGUCAUACGCCGAUAAGGUUUUGGGGGCUUCAGUGCACUAAGCCCAAACUGGCCCGCCCUGGGAUAUAUAUAUCCCUGAUAGCAUUACUAUUAUCCUUUACUUCUCAUCCUUUUACUACUCAAUGUGGGGCUUCCGUAGGGGGUUGCACAUCUACUAGUUAUCGGUCAUAUCUCACUUUGGCCCAGUGCUCGGACGGUGGUCACAAUGAGGAAGACUGAUGCAGCCGAAGGUUAAUGCAACGUGUGCUCCACCACGUGGAAGAUGCACAACGCCUCCAUCGUCCAAUGUGGGUGGUGUCUUUCUUACUGAUAUGUAUGUGCAAAUAUUCAACAGAACCGAUACAUCCACUCUUUUUUUGCCUUUUCAAGUGGCACCAGCGUUCGGAGCGGAUGUAUGUGCCGUUCGGAUAGUUCCAUGGGCAGUUUUGCCGAGAAAGUCAAGCUCGUGAAUGGAUGACAAUAUCACCGCAACAACGUACGGACCGAGCCAAUUACAAAGUAAAGCACGGUUGCCCGCCAAUGAAGUCAACGUUUACGGACUUUGACCUACAUCGAGUCUUAAUCUCUCACCUCAGAACUAGAUAUUCUCUGGCAAUCCGACAGAUGUGGUCGGAUGGCGUCGGCGCUUUUCAUUGUCUUGUAGCAUUUCUCUGUAGACUGGGUGAGAGCAGUCGUGGUUGAUUCGUUCGUGUCCGGCGGCAGGGAUCUGAUGAGUAUGGCAUCGUCCGCGGUUUUUGCACCUUUGGUUGAGCUUUCAGCUGAACUGACUGAACCUGUGGCUUGCCUCAAAUUUGACCCUUUGGAGAGAACUCUAUCAAGUAUAAUCUGAUAGUGCGUGGCCCAGAUAACCAGCGCUAAGAGAACCAGUACAGUGAUGGAUGCGAGAUCGACAAUCACCCAAACACUUGAGAUGUCUGUGUAGCCUUCCUGUAUUCAUAAAAAAUAAACAACAAAUAUUGCGA